CCUAGCUAUGCCGAACGUUUGCGAAUUCUAAAGCCAACUGUAACCUUUUUAUCUCUCACACACUAAUAUGUGACUAGUUUACUAACGUCUAAACACACGCACACACAUAUUUACAGUACACCCUACCACACACACAAAUCAUCGAAGCUUAUUCGUUAAAUCAUUUCGGGAAGUUCCUAUUUCUAUUAUUAGGCAAAAGGCAUAUUAGUAGUAGGAGGGGAUUUCCAGAUGCUAUUUAAUUCCCGGUGACCAUUUUGUGAUGAUAAACAAUUUGGGAAACUAUCGUAAAAGGUAGGCUGCUUAAUUCAUUCGGGAUAGAAACACGUUUAUUGUUAUUAUAUACAAUUAGAUUAUAUUAAAACAGCAUACUAAAUCGGGUUUACGAAAGCUGUAUAAAGAAUAGUUAGCAAUUAAAGAAUAAAGGAAAACGAAAGGUCACUGAUUGCUGACCAAAGAACAAGCAAUAAACGGGAAAACCAGAAUAAAGCUAAGCAGUAAAUAAACUCAGAUGGAUGGAUUUGAGGCAAGCCCAGAUCAGGCCAACGAAGUGGAUGUGGAAUUUCCAGUUUCAGGGCUGAAGCGUUGUAGUUUUUUAAUAGUGGAUAUCGACGGAGUGAAUCGAAAAGUUAAACAGAUUAAGGAGGAGCUUCUAGCGACUGUCAAGAUAGGCAACCAUGAAGAGUAUAUCAUGGUCGUGAAUGUAGACCGCAGCAGUGCCGAGAUGGCUGACGACAGACCUAUUGUGGAAUACUGGAACCAGAUCAAUAACGGGCAUUUAAGUUUUGUCAGGAAAGCCCAGCUAGGCCAUAAACCACAACAUUGAAUUGAUCUGACAUUUUAAAAUUACAUAUAGUUACUUACCUUUGAGAUAUUAGUAUUAACAGUAUUGAACGUUAAUGUUUAAAAACUAUGUUAAAACAAAGCUCUAAAAUUUAAUUUGUAUUAAAAGCUUUUAGUUAAAUUGAUUCAUCUGCCUGUCUUUCUGUUUCUUUUCUUUUAUAUUUAUUUAAAUAGUAGCGUAGUAUUAUUUGUUGAAAAAAUAAUUCUUUUCUUGUUUUCAGUUCAUUAUUACACAAAGGCUUGUUAUUAAAACGUUUUUUAUGCAAUUUGUUUUCUUGAACAUUGUACCCACAUUAAAAUAUGUAAAAAAUAAGACGUUUUUGUGUGCAUAAAAACCAUUAUACUAAAAACCAGGGGCGCUAAAGAGACGCCAUAGCAUGAUUCUCUUUAGUCUGCAUAUUAAAAAGCAUGAUGCAUCAUUAUAUUUGGAUUAAAGAAUUUCAUAUAUGCUAAUAUUGUUCAUAAUGGUAGCAACCCCCCCCCCCCCCACGCACCCCUAGAGGAUACCCCUAUGAUAAAAAAUGAACAGUAUUUUAAUAAUAAACUGCUGGUAUUUAAAAUACUUUGAGAAAGUUUCUUACCUACAAUGUCCACGUAGGUCUUCUUCAUCAAAUACAUUUGCUGUUAUGAAAAAGAGACUGUUAUUUCAAUUAAACAUAAUUAUAUAGCCACAUUAUUUUAUCACAUGA